GUUCGACGUCAAAGUCACUUCAACUCUCGCAAUACCUACAUUUCAAUAUAUGUAUAUAGUAUAGUAUGAUGUGGAAAAUCGUCGCAUUGCUUGUCGUUGUGUUGGCGUUGUCCUUGCAGGAAGUUCGGAGUAAAGGCACCGAAUUUGGCGUUCGCAUACCGAUGGACUUUCUACUGACCCGUUACAAUAUGGCAGAACCGGGAAAAUUUCUACGCAUCACCGAAAAAGAUUGGACUUUCGAGCAAACAGCGCCCAAGCCACACUCUAUAAGCGCCAUUAUCGUAUUGGAUAGUUAUGAGAAGAGCGAAGGAAAUACGGUGGCAUUAUUAAAGGGCGGGCCAGGAAGCCAAUUCGCCAAGUUACACGCAAAGAGCCAGCGAGGUCAUGGAUUCAAUUUCACCAUCGAUGUCUAUGGACAUUGACAGAAAUUGUAAUCGCAAUUGGAAAUUCUAGAAAAUGACGCGUGUUUGUCAAGAAUAAAUGUUUUCUAAAUUUUGCAA